CAACAGCAGCAGCAGCAGUGGUGGUGAAGUGAGACUGGAGCGCGGGCGUUGGCGUUGGCGUUGGCUGGCGUCCCGAGUGCGGUGGCGGUGUUUUGGCGGGAACAAUGGCCGGAGCGGCGGCGGUGCGGGAACUGGAGGCGCUCGGGCUGCGGCGGAUCAGCGCCGCGUGGGUGGAUACGAUAUGGGAGGUGGAUUUUACAGAGACUGAACCGUUAGAUGAAUUCUUGGAAGAGGAGAUUACGGAAAAUGCACUUGAGGCAUUCACCCAACUUUAUAAGAGUAUCUUUAAGUUUGUUGACCAGUCGCAGCAAAAUGUGGAAGUGGGUGAUGUUUGGACAGUGUUUGCGGAGAAUAAUCUCUCCCAUCGAGCACUUGUUGCUGUGUUACAUCACUUUAUCCAUGUGGUUCAGGAUACAAAGGCUACUGUCACCCAGAGACAAUGUGCCUUAAAUGCAGCUGGGCUGUAUUUCCUGCUCCUUGAAAUCCCAGGAAGUGUUGCCAACCGUAUCUUCCAUCCAGUGCUAUUUAACAAAUGUUUGGAUACGAUUAAAAAGAACUGGCCGGCAGCAGAUGGAGAUUUCCGAAAACGGAAAAAGGACACCCAGGCAAAGAGUUCUCGAGGUGAUGGCAAAGCAAGAAAGCGAGCCAGACCAGUUAGACAGAAAACUAAUGAGGAUAUGUUUGAGGAAGAAGAUGAUGAAGAAGAUACUGACUAUUUGUCCACACGUGACCUGCUUCUAAUCAGAAAUAAUAUUUUCUCUCUGCUGAAGAAUUUCCUGCGAUUGCUUUCUAAUUUCCCUUUGAAGGACAAACCUGAUAAUGCUCUCCAUUGUCUGCAGCUAUUCACUGAUCUGACCAAUUUUGAACCUGUACCUGGAGGAUUACAACUUUCAGAUCCAAUAAACUUUGAAAGAACGAAAACUGUGCCUGAAUUAGCAUAUUAUGGACUUAAAUUACUGUGUUCACCCAAACAUGGUGAUGUUGAUAAGACACUGCGUUGCCUGUUUCAAAGACUGUUGAGUAUAAUAUUAAUGCUGGAUGGUGUGAACGGCACCAGAUCUGUUGCUGUCUUGGGAGUGGGACAACGAACUAUCAUUGCCAGAGAUCAAGCCAUUACAUUUGUCAGCUACAUUGUGGAUGAAGUGAAGGAGCCUGCGUUGCCCGUUCUUCGAAUAUUGCUGCAACACAUUUGCACUAAGGUGCCAGAUAAAGCGGAAUUUCGGACGCAUGGUGCCCAAGCCCUGGUGAAGUUGCUAAGUAAACUUUCUUCUGCGGAUUAUGUUGCUUUCUUGGAUUGGUUCCAUAAAUAUUCACUAAACAGCAAGAUUUCUUACAGAAAUUUUGCUUUGGAUGUAAUAAUGGCUUUGCUGAAAUUACCUGAUAGGGGAGAAGACCCCUCACUUCAACCAGAGCAUCAGAAGUAUCUCGAUAACAAGUAUUGGAUCCAGGUGGUGAUCUUGGAUAGAUGCUCCGAUAAAGCCCCUACAGUCCGGAGCAGGGCACUCUCUUGUCUUGCCCAAUGUUUAGACUUGAAUAUUGCAUCGGCUUUUGAGUCUGUUCAGGAACUAAUGCUGGGAACCACAAAAAGUCUACACAAGACCUUGGGUAUACUGGAAUCCACUGACGUCACAGGAAAUCUUUAUUCAUUAGCCACUGUCACAUCUAACCAAAGCAGGGAUGCAUUAAAAACUAUUGAAGUCACGGACCCAAGGGAAUCGAUGGUGAAGAAUGUUUCAGAAAUUAUGUCAAUGUUACGAGUGAGGGCUGGUGAUGAAAGAACCAUCGUACGGAAGUCAGCCAUUCAGGUGCUUGUAAGCAUUUUGAAACAGAAUGUAGUCCUCUGCACCCAAGAAGAUCUGACUGUAUUGCAAGAUCGUUGUCGAGAUCCUGCUCCAUCUGUUCGCAAGCAAACAUUGCAAUUAAUCACCGAUCUUCUGUUGGCUCAACCCAAUAAUGAAUUGCUACAGAAGGCUUGGAUGAAUGGAGUCAUCCCAGUUGUAAUUGAUCCUGAGAAUACGGUCCAGGAAAAAGCACUGGAGUGUCUAAAUCAAGUGGUAAUGCAGCAAAUCAAGAAUUACACGCAAUUUAGUGACGAAGACAAACGUCAAAGAUUGGCCUGGAAUGUCUUAGCACUUCUUGUAUUUGAGUAUCAGGAGCUUUGUCGUUACCUGACCAAAGCUUUCCUUCUGUGGUCCCAACAAGAUAAGUUCAGUUCAACUUUUAUAAAAGACCUUAUCACUCACACUGACACUGAUCAUGCAGCUGCUGCCUGGAUGUUGCUUUCAAAAAUUGCAGGAUCCUUCCCAAAGUUGAACUAUACCAAGAUUAUAGGCUCUUGGGAUGAUCUUUACAGGUCAAAAAAUAUAGACAAUAGAACAACCCACAUCUUGAGUGUCAUGGGCAACAUUGCUCAUCAUUUGUUGGAGGAAACCAGAGCUAAGUUGAUAGACGAAGUCAAGAAUUUGAUAAGUGCGUUUUGCUCUACUCCAGAAAUAGUCAGCCAGGCAGUUGAGACCUUGUACAAGCUCUGUCACGCUCAUUGUAAGACUCCAGAAGAGACGCAGGUCCUGCUGGAUCAGGUGUGCGGUGAGCUGAUCUUGAUUUGCGAAUCGUACAUCUCUAAUAUUGUUUUUAGCGAUGGAGGAACUCAGCAUGCGGAUGAGAGUAUGUUGGUGAAGCACCUUUUCACUCUUGGUGAGGCAGCACAGCUGUGCCCAAGGAAAGUUGAUAAGCGGAUCUUCCUGCUGGUCCAGUCAUUUCUUGCUGGCCCUCUCGGUCUGAGUCCUGAUAGCAGUGAUCUUCCGGCUUCACAGCCCCUUACCGAGUUUUCAGGAUCUGCUGCCGUAUCUUCGGUUGUCCGAGCACAUGCCUUUUUUACUCUCGGAAAGUUGUGCCUGCAGCAUGAAGAUCUAGCUAAGAAAUGCAUUGCUGCUCUUGCACGCGAGUUGGAGGUGUGCAAAGAUGUUGCAGUUCGCAAUAAUGUCAUCAUCAUCAUAUGCGACCUCUGCAUGCGAUACACUACCAUGGUGGUUCGGUACAUUCCUAAUGUUGCUGUGUGUUUAAAAGACAGUGACCCCUUUAUCCGUAAACAGACCAUGGUUAUGCUGACAAACCUACUCCAGGAUGAAUAUAUAAAAUGGAAAGGUUCCCUCUUCUUCAGAUUUGUAAGCGUUUUGGUGGAUUCAGAUGAAAGUAUACGGAGCUUUGCAGAGUUCUGUUUAGUCCACCUGCUCCUGAAAAGAAACCAGGUUAUGUUCUCUCAACAAUUUACUGAAUGCAUUUUCCACUUCAAUGCCUAUGAAAAACAUGACAAAUACAAUAAAUGUUCUCAAACUGAGCGAGAGAAGACGCUAUUUUCCUUGAAGGGGAAUAAAAACAAAGAGAAACGAAUGACUAUUUAUAAGUUUCUGUUGCAACACUUCACAGAUGAACAACGUUUCAAUGUUACCAACAAACUUGCUCAUGAUAUUCUAGCGUGUUUCGUUGAUGGAAUGCUUCCAGUGGAUAUGGAGGCAAAUGAAUUGCUCUCGGAUACAUUCGUGGUGAUGAGUUGCAAGGAGAUCAAACUCACUUCUUUUCGAACAAAAUCUAGUGAUGAUGCUCAGCUGGAUGAUGAAAUGGCCAUGGCUAAUGCAGUCAUGCAGGUAGCACAGAAAAAGCUCAUAUCACAGGUCCAGAAGAAGAAUUUUGUAGAAAACAUCAUCCCUAUUGUAUCAUCUCUGAAGAGUCAACUAGAGCAGAAGCACAUCCCAGCGCUGAAGGAUCUCAUGCAGUACUUGCAAGAAGUGAUGCAGGAUUAUCGGAAUGAGAUCAAGGAACUUUUUGCUGCUGAUCGGCAGCUGGCAGCUGAGUUGGAGUAUGAUCUUAAAAAAUAUGAAGAGCAGGUUGCUGGGGAGGAGGGGACGGAGUCCGUGACAGUGGGUGCAGCUGCGUUAUCACCAAGGGCUUCACCCUCGCUGCGCUCUGCUGUACGUAUUGGAACUGAAGCACUUUCUCCUGGUACCCGAGUAGCCCAGCUUACACCCCCAAAGCAGAGGUCCUCUCUUUCACCGUUUGGUAUUCCUAUUUCUACAUCCAUAGCAGUGCUUACGCCCAGGCUCACAAAGCGCAGAUCCAUGCCUUUAAGUACUUUGGCUAUUCUAAACUCUGCAAAGAAGGCAGUAGAAAUGAGCCAGAAAAGAAAAACCACCGGGUCUGUAUUACCGGGUUCCACCUUGAGGGGGAGCAGAUAUACUCACAAGUAUCCUGAUACUGCAGUUUCAUUACAGAGCUUGAAGGAGAAUACAGCGUCUGAGAGUUCAUCGUCCAAUGCCUCAAUGACUGAACGAGCCAUCAGCACUCCAGACCGAACAAUUGGCAAUGUGACCUUUGGUGCAGGAGUCAGCUACAUCAGUGUAACUCAAACCCCAACAGCUGAAAACGGUCAUGAACGGUCAAAGGAACAAAAUAACUUAUUGUGUCUGAUGUCCCCAGAUAAACCGGUACCUCAGCCGCGACAGUGGAAGGUGGAAUCGCCAGCUGCCAAUAAAACAAACCCAUUCCAAGGCAGAACUAGAUCUCAGAAGAAAAACUAAAGAGUUCAAACUGAAGCAGAAAUUUGCAUUUUGUAUUUUACUGUCAGUGCUUUUCGAUGUUUCUUCCUUUUGCACUCAGAAUUUCGGCAGAGAACUUUGCCAUUUCUCACAACUAUACAACAGACUACAAAUAUUUUAUUUUUGCUGUGACAAAUUUCAUGGGUUUUGUUUUUAGUUUAGUGGAAAGUCAUAUUUAUAGCCCUGUUGUAUAUUUGACUAAUAUAAUUUUUCUGGCUUGACAGUUUGAAUACUAGAUUAUUUUAAUCAAUAUUGCUACAUGUUAUGAAUUAGGGGCCACACAUUAGCAGCUUGAAUAUCGUAGCAUUGAUUAUCUUAGCAGUGGGAAUUACUGUGUUUAAAGUGAACAUAUCACUGCUUUGAUUGUGACUCAAAGAGCUUUUGCAUAAAGUGGCAGUGCAUUUUUGAGUUGAGAUCUCUUCUUGACUUGUUCAUUAGUAAUAACAUUGUAGUAUCGUGCAGGAUGCCCCUGUUUUGUGGCCUGGCUGUAAACAGGAGCAAAGCUGGGUGUAUGUGGCUAAAGCCAGUCCAUUGGCUUUUAUAAAGCUUCCUAAUAAAGCUGCAUAAUGAUAAUGUGAAAG